CUAUAAGAAGCUCACGGCAACAGCAAGCAUUUCCACUCCGCAAGUGUCGCUGCCAUCUCCCAAAAGAUUCCCAAAGCAUCUGUAUUUGCAAUACUGAGCAAGUCCAAGCACCCCCCACACGGACAAGAUGAAGCAGACCGUCGUCCUGUACCCCGGCGCCGGCGUCAGCCAUGUUGGCGCCAUGAAGGAGCUCGCCAACGUCUUCCUCAAGCAUGGCUAUGAUGUCACCAUGGUGAUGAUCGAGCCGCCCUUCAAGUCGUCCGACUCCGGCGCCAGCGCCAUCCAGCGCAUUGCCGCCUCCAACCCGUCCAUCAAUUUCCACAUCCUACCGGCACUCCCUGCCCCCGACUUCGCCGCCUCCGGCAAGCACCCCUUCCUACUCCUUCUUCAGCUCUUUCUUGGGUACAACGAGCUUUUCGAAGAAUUCCUCCGCUCCUUCCACCGAAGACGCUUGCACUCCGUUGUCCUCGACAUGUUCUGCGUCCACGCUCUCGACGUCUGCGUGAAGCUCGGCAUCCCGGUCUACACGUUCUUUGCCUCGGGCGCCUCGUGCCUGUCCGUCCUGACCCAGUUUCCGGCGCUGAUAGCUGGCAGGCGGACAGGCCUGAAGGAGCUCGGGGACACGCCGCUUGAUUUCCUCGGUGUUCCGCCGAUGCCGGCCUCCCAUCUCAUCAAGGAGCUGCUGGAGCACCCGGAGGACGAGCUGUGCAAGAAAAUGACCAACAUCUGGAAGCGCAACACUGAGACGAUGGGCGUUCUGGUGAACACAUUCGAGUCAGUGGAGAGUCGGGCUGUGCAGUCGCUCAGGGACCCGCUAUGCGUCCCCGGCCGGAUCCUGCCCCCUAUCUACUGCAUCGGGCCAUUGGUCAGCAAGGGCUCGAAGGAUGGCGACGACGUGGAGAGGAAUGAGUGCCUCACGUGGCUUGAUUCGCAGCCGGACCGCAGCGUCGUCUUCCUCUGCUUCGGGAGCAAGGGCACAGUCUCUGCGGAGCAGCUCAAGGAGAUAGCCGUUGGCCUGGAGACAUCCGGGCAGCGGUUCCUAUGGUCUGUGCGCACGCCGGCCGGAAGCCGCGAUGCGAAGAAAUACUUGGAGGUGCGCCCUGAGCCGGACCUUGACACGCUCAUGCCGGAGGGGUUCCUAGAGCGGACCAAGGGCAGGGGCCUCGUCAUCAAGUCAUGGGCGCCGCAGGUGGACGUGCUUCGCCACAACGCGACCGGCGCAUUCGUGACGCACUGCGAGUGGAACUCAGUGCUGGAGGCCGUCUCGGCCGGCGUCCCGAUGCUGUGUUGGCCGCUGGAAGCGGAGCAAAAGAUGAACAAGGUGUGCAUGACGGAGGACAUGGGCAUCGCGGUGGAGCUGGACGGGUACAUGUCGGGUUUUGUGAAGGCGGAGGAGGUGGAGGCUAAGGUGAGGCUGGUGAUAGAGGGUAAGGAUGGGAGACAGCUAAGGGCGCGGGUGGCUGCUCGCAAACAAGAGGCGGAGGCAGCGCUGAAGGAAGGAGGGUCGUCACAGGCGGCGUUCGUCCAGUUUCUGUUGGAUGUGGAUAAGAUGGGAGAGCAGCUCGGCGAGUGACGUAUUCCAGCUUUCAGUUUCGAACUGCACUUGUCGUCGAUGAGUAUCUCGCCAGGCCAAAGUGCUGCCCGACCUUCGAUGUUUUAGCGGCCUGGUCAAUCACUUAAGCUUCUGGUAUGCUGUACCUUUUGUGAAACGUAUAUGGUGGCUUGCGUAAUACAGGGGCAGCGUCUUAAGUUGCUUUUA